UGAGUACCGAACGGAGGACGAUGAGGAACGCCUAAGAGAUGACGAUGCCUCAACAUCGUCUGGUGAAAACGAGGGGGAUUCCGGGAGUCCCCGUGAAGAGGAUGGUGCCUCUACUUCGGGUGCAAUCCCAUGCCCACCGCCCAUAUAGGCCGUUCAUGAAACCAAUUAUUCAUGCAGUAGCAUUUACAAAGGUAGUGGGCAUCAAAUAUGAUCAAAACCCUCAUAUGGACCAUAUUCCCUUGAAGAUGGAUAAAUGUAAGGUGGACGGACGCUUAUAACAUGCUUAAGACUAACACCCGCAAAAAGUCCAGAAGAGCAAAUCAGAAGAAAAUAAAGAUCUGGAUUGAGGAGGGUCUCAUCAUCGGGACUGUAUGUGAUGACAAUCUACCAUCUUUAAGUUUUAGAGUAUGUCUAAAACAUUUGUUAAUCUUAGUUCAUACUUCUACGUUUAUUACUACUGAUUAUAAUUUUAUAAUUAUAAUAAAAGGUUUGUAUGUUCCUUUUGUGAAAGGAAUUUACCGGUGUAGGGGGGUCGCUUCAAACCAUGUAGUUAUCAUAACUGACCAUGGUCAAAUUGAGGAUGAAUUAUGUGUAGAGAUAAAAAAAUAGUUGGGGAAUCAAAUGGGCAAAUAAUGGCCAUGGCUUGUGAUGUUUCGUACGACUCAAUACAUCAAUUGUGAUGUUUGUUCCCGUGCUAAAAGUUAGAUGUCACUCAAUUUGCCUUUUG